AUGAUUAAAACUCUAUCGUUGAUUCUUCAACCUUUCAGUAUUGGAUUUAUUAUUUUGGCAUUAGCAAUAAAUCAAUGGAAUUGUGGUGGAUUAUUUGAAUCAUGUUUACAACACUAUCGAACAAUUUCCAUAUUAUUGAUUAUAUUUUUUAUUCUUGGUACAACGCUAUUAACGAUUGCAUUUCUAUUUGAUUUCAUAACAAUUUGUUCUGAAUCCCUUGAUCUGAAUUCAUCAUAUUUCACUGUACGAAUAGUUAUAUUAUUAUCUGGUCUAUCGUGUAUUAUUUCAGCGAUUCUUAUAUACUAUUUUCAAUUUGAUCGUCAAUUUUCACGAUCAAUAUGUACAGUUGGUAUAGUGUUUGCAGCGCAAGUUGCUAUUCUUAAUUUAAUUAUAUCACCUUGUAUUCAUAGAAAUCGUUUGGAACCAGUAGUUGAAUGA